GCUGUUGCGGCGGAGUCUCCUCGCGGGCGGAUGGCGGGGGAGCUCGAGCGCGCCCGGGCGGCGGCGGCCCAGUGGCUGCUCUGGGACAAGACCUGCGAAGAUCGUAAAUGCGAGGGUUGGUCGUAAAGUUACUUUUUCAUCACUGUCAUAACUAAUCCUAAAACCUCAGACAUAGUUAAGCAGUUGAUUGCCAAGGGAAACACGGAAGAACUACUAAAAUGUUUUGGCUCACGGAUGGAAUUUGGGACAGCAGGACUACGCGCAGCUAUGGGAGUUGGAACAUCACAGAUGAAUGACUUGACUAUUAUUCAGACCUCACAGGGAUUCUGUAGGUAUCUUGAAAAGAAUAUCAGUGACCUGAAGAAAAGAGGAGUGGUAAUUGGUUAUGAUGCUCGGGCCCAUCCUUCAACGGGUGGGAGCAGCAAAAGGUUUGCAAGACUUACUGCAACAGCAUUCAUCACUCAGGGUGUUCCUGUCUACCUUUUUUCCAAUAUCACACCGACUCCUUUUGUGCCAUAUACAGUGACCCAUCUAAAACUUGCUGCUGGAGUUAUGGUCACUGCAUCCCAUAAUCCCAAACAAGAUAAUGGAUACAAGGUUUAUUGGGAAAAUGGCUCUCAGAUCAUUGCUCCUCACGAUAAAGGAAUUGCUGAUGCCAUUAUUGGAAACCUAGAGCCAUGGCCUCAAGCUUGGGAGGACAGCCUUAUUGAUAACAGCCCUCUUCUCCAUGACCCAUACGCAACUGUUAACAAGGAUUACUUCAAAGAUAUACAGAGGCACUGUUUUCACAGGGAUAUAAACAAGGAGACAAAGUUGAAAUUUGUUCACACCUCUGUGCAUGGUGUAGGCCAUGAGUUUGUGCAGUCAGCCUUUAAGGCAUUUGACUUUAGCCCUCCAUUUGCUGUGCCUGAGCAGAAGGACCCUGAUCCAGAAUUUCCAACAGUAAAAUACCCAAAUCCAGAGGAGGGGAAAGGUGUACUGACCCUCUCUUUUGCUUUGGCUGAUAAACAGGGCGCCCGGGUUAUUUUAGCCAACGAUCCGGAUGCUGAUCGGCUUGCUGUGGCAGAGAAACAAGAAAGUGGAGAAUGGAAAGUCUUUUCUGGCAACGAAUUUGGAGCUCUUUUAGGUUGGUGGCUAUUCACGUGCUGGAAAAAACAAAAUCAGAAUCCAAAUGCCAUUAAAGAUGUAUAUAUGUUAUCGAGCACUGUGUCCUCCAAAAUACUGAGAGCAAUUGCUCUUAAGGAAGGCUUUCAUUUUGAGGAAACAUUAACAGGAUUCAAGUGGAUGGGAAAUCGAGCCAAGCAGCUCAUAGACCAAGAAAAAAAUGUAUUAUUUGCCUUUGAAGAAGCCAUUGGAUAUAUGUGCAGCCCUGUAGUGUUGGAUAAAGAUGGUGUCAGUGCUGCAGUUAUAGCUGCAGAGAUGUCUAGUUUUCUGGCAACCAAGAAUGUGACUUUGUCUCAACAACUGAAAAACAUUUACACUGAAUAUGGUUAUCAUAUUACCAAAUCUUCAUAUUUUAUCUGCUACGAUCAGAAGAUUAUCACAGCUCUGUUUGAGAAGCUUAGAAAUUAUGAGGGGAAGAACACCUAUCCCAAAACAUGUGGGAAAUUUCCAGUGUCUGGAGUCAGGGAUCUGACUACAGGCUAUGACAGUAACCAGGCUGAUAAAAAGGCUGUGCUCCCCACGAGUAAGACCAGCCAAAUGAUAACGUUUACGUUUAAUAAUGGAUGUGUAGCUACGAUGAGAACCAGCGGGACUGAACCCAAAAUCAAAUACUAUGCAGAACUUUGUGCACCCCCUGGGAACAGUGAUUUUGAAAAGCUGAAGAAAGAACUGAAUGAGCUGACCAGUGCUCUUGAAAAAUAUUUCUUUGAGCCAGAGAAAAACAAGCUGCAACCUAAACCAGAGUAAUACUUCUGUAUCUUUUAAUCUCUAUACAGUGUAUUCUUAAAUAAAAUAUAUAAAGAAGAAAAAGUAAUUUCUUUACAGAAUAACUGGGUAAGUUAUCUACAUGCAUUCUUCCAAGAUGAUAAGGAAGUCUCCCUUUGGGGGGGGAGAUGGGCGGUAAUAGAAAUUUGAUAGAUAAAUAAUUAAGUCUUCCCUGGAUAAAUUCUUCUGUCAGACAAUUUAAAAGUGAUUUUUUUUUAAAAAAUAAAACAAUUGCAUGUUCAAAUAGAGAACUUUCUAAACCAAGAAUUGGGGAUUCUGUGUUGUAAAUGCUGCAUUCUAUCACGAAGAUUCUAUCACUUCUGCAUAUCUAACGCUCUCGUUUAUCAUCUUUGCUACCAGUGAAACAUUCCCAUUUGUAAUCCCAAUUUUCUCUCAUUCAUAUUUUGCCACUUUACUCCCUUAUUUUGCUUAUCUAAUUUCUUACUGUAAAUGUGAAAGCAAAAAAUGCAAAAAUUUAUGGGAAAUGCAAAAAUGCUUAUGGGAAUAGGUGCAAUAACAUCCACUAUCUGGGAGUGCCCCCAGUUCAGGCAGCCUACAGCACCAUCAGCUUAUUUCUGAAUUUAUAAAAUGUGUCUGCAUAACUAUGAAUAAAAGUAAAGCAUAUUUUGGUAAUAUAGUUAAUUGGCAACCCAUGCUGAAUUUGA